AGAUCACUUUGAGAUAAAAGUUGCAGCUGCAGCAGACAUGAAAUCCUCCAACGCGCUCGUCAGGCAGGUUAGAGAGUCCCUCCUCUGACUGUAGACUACAACCAGACUCUCUCGGAGUCUCUCAGACUCCCACGGUUUUGUACUAAAGCUGGAAAGAAGUGCAGCAGAUGAGGUUCUGUGGAGGAUUUCCUGACAUGUUGUUGGACAGAUUUCUAACUGAAGAUCAACAGCACUGAACUGAACUAUACCUGCAAAAAUGACAGCUAGCACGAAGCUUCUGGACGAGAUGUGUCAUCUGACGGCUCAGUCUCUAACAGCAAUGGACACAUCGGAGCACUUCAAGGUCCUAAAGCUCCUGGGUGAAGGCUCGUAUGGGAAAGUCAUGCUGGCUGUACACAGGAAGAGAGGUACUCCGAUGGCCCUGAAGUUCUUCCCUCGGCAGUCCACGUCUCUUUUCUCUUUCCUGAGGGAGUACAACCUCUCGCUGUCAUUCUGCACCCACCCGUCCCUGACCAGAGCCCUGGGAAUCGCCUACUCAACACCUUCACACUACGUCUUUGCCCAGCAAGCAAGCCUCUUUGGCGAUCUCUACGAUGUCAUCUUGCCUGAGGUCGGUAUAGAGGAAGACUGUUGUCAGCGGGUGGUGUCCCAGCUGUGUGGCGCUCUGUCCCACCUGCACUCUCUCGGUUUUGUCCACAGAGACCUCAAACCAGAGAACGUCUUCCUGUGCGACUCGGCCUGCCGCUGGGUCAAACUAGGAGACUUUGGCAUGGUGAAGGCCAGGGGCACCAGGGUCCCGGAGGUCUGGUACAGCUCUCCGUACUGCACCCCGGAGUCCGAGAUUGCUCGCGGCAACGAGGACAGCUGGAGGAGCGUGAGUGACGGGAAUGGCGAUGGCGUGAAUAAGGAGGACGAAGAGAAGAAAAAGAGAGUUUGGGUGUCUGUGGAGCCCAGCACGGACAGCUGGGCGCUGGGGAUCCUGACCUACGCCAUGCUCACCGGCAGUCACCCCUGGGCUGAAACCGCCAGCGACUGCCGCUCAUACCUGAAGUAUCUGGAGUGGUUUGACCGAGCAGGAGGCCCCGAUGAUGAACUGAACGUGUGGGCAGAGCCGCGGGGCGAGAGCACACAGGACGUCGUCCAUUUAACCGGGGCAGAACUUGGAAAGAGAGGCCGCCCUCCGGUGGCGCCGCAGUUUGCUUGUUUCACCCCGCUGGCCUGCUGCUUCUUCAAGUCGCUCCUCGACCCGAGGCCGCGGCUUCGUGGGCAACCCGAGGUUGCCCUGAAUUACCUCGGAGGGGACUGGGUGAUGGAGAAGGAGAGUGCGAGGCUGGAGGAGGAGAGGAAGAAGAGCCGAGGGAAAGGAGCCAUCCGGAUGAUGAAAGAGAUGGAGGGGAGAGGAGAGAGAUGAGGAGUCCAAAAUAAUGAGAACACUGAGAUAAUGAAGCAACUCUUUUAUAACUUUUACGUGUGUUUUAUCAAGGAUAUAAAUGAGCUUUGCUUAUUUUAAGCUAAUGUACUUGCACUUACUACUUGUUGUCUAGGCUUUGGACCUUCUCAGUUGAAUGCACUUAAUUGUAAGUUGCUUUGGAUAAAAGCGUCAGCUAAAUGACAUGUAAUGUAAUGUAAUGGAUAUGUGAUGUUUCGGUUCAAUUUAUUAAACUAAUAACUAAUA